AUGGAAGACCUGCCUGAAAAUAAUGAAACCCAUGAAGCUGGAGUAUCUGAAGCUGCAGAAGACCAGCCUGGAAAUAAUGCAACUCAUGAACCUGGAGAAUCUGAAGCAGUGGAAGAUGAGCCUAAAUGUGCUGAAACUUGUCAAGGACAGCCAGAAAGUACUGCAAAGCAUCUGUCUGAAGUGAUAGAAAGCCAGUUUGAAAGUGCUGACAUUCAUGAAGCCGAAAAAUCAGAAGCAAUGGAAGACCAGUCUAAAAAUUCUGAAAGUCAACAAUCUGAAAUCAUAGAAGGUAUGUGUGAUAAUAACAAAGCAUCUGGAGGUACUGAAGACGACAAGUUGAAGUGUGCUGCAGUGGAAAUUAAACAAACUACAGAACUUGAAAGCAAAGAAAGUGAGAAGGAAAAGAGCAGUGUGAAGAGCAAAAAACAUUUAAAAUUGCCAGAUUUUAAGAGAUUUGCAGAGCCUGGUCAAUAUCCCCAUUCUAAGAAGCCAAAAGUUUCAGAUAGAGAAGUACCGUUUCCUCCAGGCACUAGUCAUUUACCUAACUAUGGUCCUAGUGGUUCGUCAUCAUCUGGACAAAUGUGGCCACAGUCCACACCAGAAAUGCAACAUGGACCAGGAAUUGGGCCAUAUGGACCCAGCAUCAACCAAUAUGGGCCUGGCGAGGGACCUCCUGGACCAAGUAGGGGACCUCCUAUGCCAGGUUUUGGGCCUCCUGGACCAGGUAUGGGACCUUCCUUGCCAGGUAUGGGUCCUUCUAUGCCAGGUAUGGGACCUUCUAUGCCAGGUAUGGGACUUUCUAUGCCAGGUAUGGGACCUUCUAUGCCAGGUAUGGGACCUUCUAUGCCAGGUAUGGGACCUUCUAUGCCAGGUAUGGGACAUUUGAUGCCUGGUAUGAGGCCUCCUGGACCAGCCCCUGUGUAUUAUUACCAUUCAGAAACUCGUAUAUCUUCCUGGAUAAAGCCUCAGAAUGCAUGCAUUAUUAAGCAGGCUGUAUGGGAAAAAGCACAUCAAAACAUUUCUGAAACAG